AUGUUAAAGUUUAUUUUUAUAUUAAUAUUUAUAAUAUUUUUAUUGUUUUAUAAAAAUAUUUAUUGAUUAAUUCAAAAUAUUAUAUAUAUAUUUUUUUUAUUUAUAUUAAAUGUUUCAUUAAAUAAUUAUUUUUGUAAUAUUUCUUAUUAUUUUGGAGAAGAUAUAAUUUCUUAUGGGUUAAUUUUAUUAAGAAUUUGAAUUUGUGGUUUAAUAUUAAUAGCUAGAGAAAAAUUAAUUCAAAUGAAAAAUUAUAUUAAUUUUUUUAUAUUUAUAAUUUUAUUACUAUUAUUAUUAUUAUUAUUAACUUUUAGUUCUAUUAGUUUUUUUAUAAUUUAUUUAUUUUUUGAAAGAAGUUUAAUUCCUACUUUAUUUUUAAUUUUAGGUUGAGGAUACCAGCCAGAACGUUUACAAGCAGGUAUUUAUUUAUUAUUUUAUACUUUAUUGGCUUCUUUACCUUUAUUAAUUGGUAUUUUUUAUAUUAAAAGAGAUUUAAAUACAAUAAAUUUUAUUAUAUUAAAUUACUUAAAAAUAUAUAAUUUAAAUUUAUUAUAUAUAAGAAUAAUUUUUGCUUUUUUAGUUAAAAUACCUAUAUUUUUAGUUCAUUUAUGAUUACCAAAGGCUCAUGUUGAAGCUCCUAUUUUUGGGUCUAUAAUUUUAGCCGGAGUUUUAUUAAAAUUAGGAGGAUAUGGUUUGUUACGAAUAUUUUUUAUUUUACAAAUAAUUGGUAUAAAAUUUAAUUUUAUAUUUAUUAGAAUUAGAUUGAUUGGGGGGGGGGGGGGGGUAUUAGUUAGAUUAAUUUGUUUAUUACAAGUUGAUUUAAAAUCUUUAAUUGCUUAUUCUUCAGUUGCUCAUAUAGGAAUUGUUUUAAGAGGUUUAUUAACUAUAAGAUAUUGGGGGCUAAAUGGAUCUUAUAGAUUAAUAAUUGCUCAUGGUUUAUGUUCUUCUGGGUUAUUUUGUUUAGCUAAUAUAAGAUAUGAGCGGGUUGGAAGACGAAGCUUGUUAAUUAAUAAAGGAAUAAUAAAUUGAAUACCAAGUCUUUCUUUAUGAUGAUUUUUAUUAUGUUCUGGUAAUAUGGCUGCACCUCCUACAUUAAAUUUAUUAGGUGAAAUUUCUUUAAUAAUAGAAUUGUGGGUUGAUCUUGAUUAACACUAAUAAGAUUAAUAUUUUUAUCUUUUUUUAGAGCAGCUUAUACUUUAUAUUUAUUUGCUUAUAGACAAAAUGGUAAGUUUUAUUCAAGAAUUUUUUUUUUCAACUGGUUUAAUUCGAGAAUAUUUGUUAUUAAUAUUACAUUGAUUACCUUUAAAUUUACUAAUUAUAAAAAGAAAUUUUUUUAUAUUAUGACUUUAA